CGCCUCCAAUCUUCUCCUUAUUCUGCUUCAUCAACACCGCAACCUUUCUUUAUAAUAAUAUGGCUACCAAGAAGAUUUUGCUCCUCGGAUCUGGCUUCGUCGCUGAGCCUUGCGUCGAAUACCUGUGCCGUCGCCCUGAGAACAAGUUGACUAUUGCCGCUAGACGCAUUGCUAUUGUUCAGGACCUCGCUUCCGCUUACAAGAACACCACUGCCAUCUCUUUGGAUGUCGAUGAUGAGGUUGCCUUGGAUGCUGCUGUUGCAGAGCACGACAUUGUCAUCUCCUUGAUUCCCUACAUUCACCACGCCAAGGUCAUCAAGUCCGCCAUUAAAGCUAAGGUCAACGUCGUGACCACCUCCUAUGUCUCUCCUGCGAUGAUGGAAUAUGACGAGGCUGCCAAAGCUGCUGGUGUUGUUGUCAUGAACGAGAUUGGUGUUGAUCCCGGUGUUGAUCACUUGUAUGCCGUCAAGACUAUUAACGAGGUUCAUGCUGAAGGUGGCAAGAUCAUCUCUUUCCUUUCUUACUGCGGUGGUCUUCCUGCCCCCGAGGCCUCUAAUAAUCCUCUUGGAUACAAGUUCUCUUGGUCCUCGCGUGGAGUGUUGCUUGCACUCAAGAACAAUGCCAAGUUUUAUGAGAAUGGCGAGAUUGUUGAGUAUUCAGGCAAUGAUUUGAUGAACUCUGCCAAACCUAUCUCCAUUUAUCCUGCUUUUGCCUUUGUCGGAUACCCCAACCGUGACUCAACUCCAUACAAGCAGCGUUACAACAUCCCAGAGGCUCAGACUAUCCUCCGUGGUACCCUCCGCUAUGCUGGAUUUCCAGAGUUCGUCAAAGUCUUGGUUGAUAUCGGAUUCUUGGAUGAUGCCCCCAAGGACUUUUUGACUCCUGAAGCACCCGAGAUUGCUUGGAACGAUGUCACUGCCAAACGCCUUGGAGCCUCUAGCAAUACCGAGACUGAUCUUGUCGAGUUGAUCAAGGAGAAGGCUUCAAUCAAGGGAGCCGAGCUUGAUCGUAUUAUCAAGGGCAUGAAGUGGCUUGGUAUGUUCUCAACCACCCCUGCUCAGCGUCGUGGCAACUUCCUCGACACUUUGUGCGCUACUUUGGAGGAUAAGAUGAUGUACGCCAAGGGAGAGCGUGAUAUGGUCAUGCUUCAGCACAAAUUCGAGGUUGAGCUCAAGGAUGGAACUAAGCAAACCCGCACUUCCACGAUUUUGGAAUACGGAAACCCCGAGGGCGCAUCCGCCAUGGCUCGCUUGGUUGGUAUGCCUUGUGGUGUUGCCACUCAGUUGGUUCUUGAUGGUGUGAUCAACAAGCCCGGUAUCCUUGCACCUAUGUCUUCGGACAUCAACGAUCCUUUGAUUAAGGCCAUUGAGGCAGAAGGUGUUGUUUGCCACGAGGAGAUUCUGUAA